GAACGCCAUCUCAUAUAUGUUUUUACUCAACCGGCAUCAUCCAAUUCUGAUUUACGGACCACAGCUCAUUCAAGCGGUAUCAAUUUCUCGAUUCAUCAUUUGAGAAUCACACCUCAUUCAACCGGCUUCUACCAGUUCUCAUUUGUGGAUCACAGCCUAUUCAACCGGCAUCAUUCUCACUCAUUCGAGAUCCAUUUAUCGUACAAUCAGCAUCACAAAUCUUCUUUUCAAGUCAUCACACAACAUUGAUCGCGGCAAUCAACACAAACACGAUCCGCAUCACUUCAUGAAAAGAGCUCGCAAGUACAAACGCCUGAAUGGGGCCCAAAUCAAGCAAAUGUUUCUCCGGACAAUUCGAGAAAGUCUUCGAAAGAUGAAGGAGAGCAGUCGAAUACAUCGCUUUUCCCUUUGCCGAAGUACGCAAGAUCAAACUUCGAACGCAUUUACCGAACAAGCGAAAUAUCAUCAGCCGGAAUGGUACAUUUGCCAUCGGUAUUACUCAACGGUUCCAAAAUUCACUUCACAAACAACUUUCAGGGUCAAGAUGGCAUUACUUGAUCAUCAAUCAAAAUGGCGACAUGAUCACUCUUGCAACAUCUUACACAAUACUUGCUUUCUCAUCCUUAAUUUACCCUUUCUUAGGAUCAAAGAACUCGUUCUUCGCUAUUCUCACUCCUUCUCUCACUCCUCCUCACACUCCUCCCACUCCUCUCACACGUCCUGAAACAACAAUUCGCUUUGCAACUGCAUAAAAAAAGAAGAUCAAAAAAUAAAAAAGAAGAUCAAAAAAAGAAAGAUAAAAGAAAAGAUCAGAAAA